AUGGGAUCCUCUUCGAAAAUGGGAUCCUCUAAAACUACUGGGCCUGGGAAAGACCAAGCGGAAGAGUCCGCCCCUCCUCCAUAUUCGUUGGUUGCCGAUGGUGGACUCGUAGCAGAAUCAGGAAACGUGCAGGGGGAUGGCAGAAUUAACGUGAACCUCGAAUCGAGAAUUGCGAGGACCCUCGCCAAAAUCAUCGACUUGCAGCAAGAAGACAUCCACAAUCCACCUCCCGACUAUAUCAACCUUAGCAAGCAAGUGACGUCAUGUGAAUUCAAGCUCAACAUUGUCAUUCAAAUUGUGGGCAGUCGUGGAGACGUGCAACCUUUCAUCGCCCUUGGAAAUGCAUUACAAAAGCAUGGUCAUCGGGUCCGAAUUGCCACACACGAUGUAUUUGCAGAUUUCGUACUUGAGUCAGGAUUGGAGUUCUACUCCAUCGGCGGGGAUCCUGCAGAAUUAAUGGCAUUCAUGGUCAAGAAUCCCGGAUUGAUACCACAAAUGAAGACACUGCGCGAAGGGGAGGUGCAAAGAAAACAGGCUAUGGUAGCGACAAUGCUGGAUGGGUGCUGGAGAUCCUGCAUUCAAGACGAUCCAAUUACCAAGCAGCCAUUUGUUGCAGACGCCAUAAUUGCCAAUCCUCCCAGCUUUGCCCACGUUCAUUGUGCACAGGCUCUAAGCAUUCCAGUCCAUCUGAUGUUUACGAUGCCCUGGAGCAGUACCAAGGCGUUUCCACAUCCUCUCGCCAAUCUAAAUUCCUCUUCUAUGGAUCCAAGGACUGCAAAUUGGGUUUCUUAUGGAGUUGUUGAGUGGUUAACAUGGCAAGGGCUAGGAGAUGUGAUCAAUCGAUGGCGGGUCUCAAUAGAUCUGGAGCCUAUUCCCGCAACAGAAGGGCCUGGCCUUGCCGAAGCAUUGAAAAUACCUUACACAUAUUGUUGGUCCCCUGCCCUUGUGCCAAAACCACAGGAUUGGCCACCUCAUAUUGAUGUCUGUGGGUUUUUCUUCAGAGACCCCCCAUCGUACUCCCCACCCUCGGAGCUGAGGGAGUUCCUACAGGAAGGACCACCUCCUGUCUAUAUUGGCUUCGGUAGUAUUGUGGUUGAUAACCCUCAAAAGCUAAUAGACACUGUUGUCCAAGCGGUGGUAAGGGCAGGUGUGCGUGCGAUCAUUUCAAAGGGUUGGAGUGGGCUAGUUGGAAGUGCAAACCCGAAUAUCUACUAUAUUGACGACUGUCCACAUGAGUGGCUAUUUCAGCAUGUUGCUGCAGUAGUUCACCACGGAGGCGCUGGGACUACAUCGUGUGGUCUCAGAAAUGGCCGACCGACUGCCAUCGUGCCUUUCUUCGGCGAUCAACCUUUUUGGGGCAACAUGGUUGCUAGGGCUGGUGCUGGACCUAAACCUAUUCCAUUUGCAUUUCUCAACUUUCAGAACCUGACGGCUGCUAUCCAAUUCUGCCUUACCCCAGAGGCAACAGAAGCCGCACGUAAGCUGGCCGUCAAAAUGCAAACUGAAUCAGGCGUAACCGCAGCUGUGGAAUCUUUCCAUCGAAAUCUUCCCCUGGACAAGAUGAAGUGCAAUCUGAUGCCUCUUCAAGUUGCAGUCUGGAAAUACAAAAAAGGCAAAAAUAACGUGACCCUGUCAAACGCAGCCGUGCAGAUCUUAAUUGAAUAUCAAAGGAUAGACGAAAAACGUCUUCAGUUUCAUCUUGUCAAUCCAAUCAUUAUCGAACAUCGCCGCUGGGAUCCCAUAACCGGGAUUUUUGCUGCAGCCACCACAACCGGGUCAAGUAUGCUGGGCUCGACCGCUGAUAUGAUUUACAACCCAUACAAAGAAUAUAAACGCGGUCGUUCUCCAAACCCAUCAGCAAGAGCCUUGCAAGCCCCGGUGCUCCCUGGCAGCCCACUUUCACGGGAACCCUCAUCAACAAGACUAUCUGCUGGCGAUGAGGGAAAGCAGAAUUCUCGGGCCCCAUCCGUUGGUCCUGGAUCUGAAACUGAACUUGAUGAACGCAGAAAUGGACUAUCCGUCGCAGGCAGCAUGGUAGGCGCAACAAUGAAAGGCUUCGGUAAAUUCACCGGAUCGUACUUCAAAGGGGUGGUCGUCGACAUUCCACAUGCCGCGGCAGAAGGAUUCCGACAGGUUCCUCGGUUGUAUGGGGAGAAGCCCAAGGAUUACGGCGCAAUUCAGGAUUGGAAUUCCGGAGCUAUCGUUGGCGGAAGGAAUUUUGUGGACGGCAUGACUGAUGGUUUCACCGGUCUCUUUACACAACCUGUCAAUGGCGCAAAAGAGGAAGGUGCUUUGGGUGCGGUUAAGGGAUUUGCUAAGGGCACUAUUGGGCUUGCAACGAAGGUCCCCUCUGCGGGAAUUGGGCUGGUGGCAUAUCCUUUCCAAGGUAUUACGAAAAGUAUUGAGGCGGCCUUUCGUUCACAAGGUCGCAAGACUAUUGUGAGUGCACGGUUAAAGAGUGGAUAUUACGAAACAAACAGGAUGCAGAUGACCGAUGAAGAGCGGCGAGAGAUUCUGUUGUCAUUUGAUAGAUUUUUACAGUCGUCAGAUACAUAG